GACGCUCGCCGCCUCGGGCUGGUCCGGACUGCGCUUGCUCUGUUUGUCUGCGCUCUGUUCUCUUGUGUGUGCGCUCGUGUUGAGAUAAGGGAGCAGAGGGGACUUGAAUUGCUGGCAAGGAAGGAAGGAAGGAAGCAAGCAAGCAAGCAAGGAAGCGAGCGAUGGCGACUAUGGCUGUCUCGGCUGUUGCUAGUUCGUCUUUGUGUCUCUCGCCUCCCUCGUUCGACGGGCUUCGAGUACUACAGCAGACAGCAGCAAGUGUCAAAGCCGCGCCAUCUUUGACAAAGAGGAGCAACAAAAGAUCGUUGAUUGUAGCCGAGGGUGUUGAUUCCACAGCCACUUCAACGACUACUCCUCCCGCAGCUUCGUCUAGCAAAUCGUCAGAUGUAACUAUUGAGUACCAGCGGCAAAGAGCAAAGGAGCUCCAAGAUUACUUUGCUGACAAGAAGUACGAGGAGGAAACCUUCAAGGGACGAAUUUUCGGCUGGACGAGGAAGAAUGAGAUUACGAAUGGCAGGUGGACCAUGUUCGGAAUUGCCGUGGGGUUGCUGACCGAGUAUGCCACCGGGUCAGAUUUCAUUGAACAGUUGAAAAUUAUAGUCUCAAACUUAGGAAUUGCAGACGUGGAUUGAUUACAAGUCCCUCAUCCACAUGGAACAAGAAGUGCCUGUGUCACUGAUUUUUUAGACCGGUAUUCAACUGGGUCGGAGAAUCUUCGACGUCAACUGCUGUGACAACGAUUUUUGUUUGUAUACCAGAGAACUCCGACAGAAGCAAAUGCAUGAGGUCUUUGAUCAAAUUUUUAGGAUCUUCAAUUUUAGUCAUGUCCAUUUUAGUGCGACCUCCGUAAUUGCAACUUGUAACAUUGUAGUGUGUCUGUAUUCUAGGCUCUCCCGAGCGAGCAAUAAAGUUGUUAUCAAUCUUAAGACC